AUGGCAACAUUGGCAAGUCAAAAAUGUUUCCGCACGAAAGGUCAGACAACCUGUGGUCACCACAAAAGGAGAACACUUGAAUUUUAUUGUGAAAAAUGUCAGGAACUGGUUUGUCCUAAAUGUUUUUCUUCCAUUCACAAAGGCCAUCUUGUUUGUGAGCUCAGUGAAAUCACAUUCCAGAAGAAGCAAGAUAUCAAGAACUUUAUUGACAGAAUAGAACUAAAAGACCUGAUACAAAUUGGGAAAUGCACCACCUCUACUGAUACAAUCCUUGAGGAAAAUAACAGCAAUUUUGAGAAGCUUUCCCAAGAACUGAUAAUACAGACGGAAAAAUUAAAACAAGACCUUGACAUGCUUACAGCAAAGACACUCUCUAUUUAUCAUAAAAUGAGAGAGGACAAUGCCAAGAUUAUACAAAAAUACAAAGAGGACCUGGAGAUGUACGACAAGCAACUCAAACAACAAAUACAGGAAUGUAAGACAGUACUCCAGCGUGGCUCUCACAUAGAAAUCUACGAUACAGAAUGUGAAAUAGAUACCCUAAUACAUCUUCCUGUUCAACCUGUUUUAGGAACUGCCAGCUUCACUCCAAACAAACAUCCUCAGCAUCACCUUGAACUGACCUUGGGCGAAGUUAUCAUCUCAAGUCAAAUCCUAACAUUAACAGACCAGUGUCGGUCACUGUCAACAUCAGAUGACAAGGGACAAUCAUCUACAGGACAACGGCCAGAAGGGAAAAAAGCAAUGACAAGGAACAAACUACUGUCAGAGACCAAGGUGGUGGAGGAGUGGGAGUCUCCGUGUUACAUUAGUUCUAUAUGCCCCACAACUGAUGGACAGGCCUGGACCAGUAAGUACAGUAACAAAUUAACUCUACUGGACAGGAAGGGCAAAGUAAUACAGAAGGUCACACACAAGGUUGAGGUCAAGGACAUCAGUCUGUCACCCACAAUACACAGACUGUGGGUCUGUGACAAAGAAAACAACAUACUGGAGCUUGUAACAGGACGACUAUGUCUAGGAACACGAGCUCGACUAACACGCCGAUUCAGAACCAAUGAGGAACCCAGGUGUAUAUGUGUUACAGCCAGUAACCAUGUCAUUGUCGGGGAUGGCCAAACACAUUUCCAAAUUUACCACACAAGGUCAGAUGGUGCUCACUACAAUGGCUGA